CCCGACACUUGUUGAGCGAUGUAGGAUGAAGAAGCUGCUGCUGCUCCUCUGGGCAGUUGAUGCGCUGUGUUUAAUCUACGAUAAUGAAGAGGACACUUGCACGAGGGUGUGUGGCAGCCGGCCACUAGCCAUGAGCCACGGCAUGCUGCGGAUUGUGGGCGGGAUCGAUUCCCUGCCAGGAACGUGGCCCUGGGUGGUCAGCUUCCAGUUCCCGACCCGGCAGGGCUUCCACCAUUUCUGUGCCGGCUCCUUGAUCAAUUCUCGCUGGGUUAUUUCGACGGCCCAGUGCUUCCUCAUUCUCAAGUACCUUAAAGUGGAGUACUUCAGACUGCAGAUUGGGGCUACCCAGCGCUCCAAACCUGGGCCUGAUGCCCAGAACCGGGUCAUCAAGAGGCUGGUCAACCACGCUCGCUAUGACCGUGACACGCACUUGAAUAACAUUGCUUUGGUAGAAAUGGACAAACCCGUAAUUUGCAACGAUUAUGUCCAGCCCGCCUGCCUGCCGGAGGGAGACCUGGACCUAGACUCGCUCACCCACUGCUACAUCUGUGGCUGGGGCAUCACGAUCAUGGAGAAGGGAGCCAAAUAUUCGGACAUCCUACAAGAGGCCGAAGUGUCGCUGGUGGCCCGAAGUGAGUGCAACAGCUCUGAACAGUAUUCGACACUCAUAAGAGAGGAACACCUGUGUGCCGUGUCUGACGAUCCCAACAAGGGCAGCUGCCGGGGUGAUGGCGGUGGACCCCUGAUGUGCAGGACACCUCACACUGAGCGCUACUGGCUGAUCGGUCUCAACAGCUGGGGCACUGGAUGCUCCAGUGGCAAAUCCCCCGGAGUCUUCACUUCCACCCAGUCCUUCCUCACCUGGAUCAAGGACAUCCUGGCGAACCCCCCUGCCUCUGGCCUCUCUCCUCCAUUCAGACCAACCACGCCCCGCACCCCCACCCCUCCGCCCCCAAGCCGGUUCACGGGAGUGUAUUAUCUCAACCCCAUUUACAAAAAGGUCAACGGGAUGCUAGUUGGGUACUUCCCAGAGGCGAACACGUAUAGCCUUCCGACACGCAAGUGGAGACCGCCCGUGAAACGCACCACCUGGCCUUGGUACACGGGACCCCCGAGGACAUUCUCACCUUUCACCUUCUUCCCUCAGAACACACCACGGUGGCCAACCCCCACCACGGCCUUCCUGGGCUGGGGCAAGGGGCCUAGCAUAAUUUAUAGGGUGCCCCGGAGAAAGUACACAGCCUUUCCGCACACCACGCGUUUUCGGUGGCCUCAGACACAAUACUGGAACAGGCGCCCCCUUUAAGGAAACUGGGGACUUCCAUCCCAUCAUGGCCCAGAUAAAGCAUCCACGACCAGGCUCUUUCUGGGGUAAUCCCUACCACCCAGCUCCUGAACUUUUGACAACCUGCGUCCUACUUUUCAUUUGCCCCAUAUUUUUUUUUAUCAUUUAUCAGAUUUCUGUAGCCACUUUUAUAAACACACCAUUUGAAAUCGAGUUGGCCCCUAGCUCCUGGCCCCAAGCUCCACAUGACAGCUGAAUUUCGGACAGCUUAGGAACACGACUGAGCCCUGAGCCCACCAGAGAAGCUUCUCAGGAAACCUUAUUUCAGACUAGGGUGCAAACGGCCGGUUCCAGGGACCAGGAGCCAAUGUCCUGGCAGACAGCCUUAAGUCCGUUUCUGGAAGGAGAAGAGCUUCAUCAGAGCUACCACGGCUUCACACCGUCACCUUGGUUGGCUGAACCCCAAUGAAGUCUGGCAGCUGCUCUCCUGUAGAAACACACCCUGAAUAAA